GAAACAGAUUCUGAAACCGCAAACCUUCCAGAAAAGAAUAGAAACAUGACUUAACCUAAUUUAUUUCUUCAUGAAAUUUCUUUUGAAAAUUAUUUGUUAUUUUGAUGUGUUGUGAAAAUUAUUAUAAGGUGUAAGUUCUAUUGAUUUAUUCUAAAUGUAUUGUUAUGGAUGACAUCUGAGAAAAUAAGUGAUGUGUUCGAUGGAGGAAGAAAACACAGCCAGUUUGGUGCCAUUAGAAAUGUUCUGUUGGGGGAACACAGCCAAUGGAGAAUUGGGUCUGGGAGGCAUAGAGGAUCAUCACAUAUUGGUCCCAAGGGAACUUCCUUUCAAGAAUGUUGAUCAAGUCAAAUAUGUUGCCUGCGGGAAGUACCACACAGUUUUGGUGACAAGUACAGGAUCUGUGUUCUCGUGUGGCAGCAAUGAUUAUGGACAGCUUGGGCAUGAGAAACAACAAAAACGUCUUGAAAAAGUGGAUGGCCUAGACGCAUACAAUGUGCGCAAUGUCGCCUGCGGAGAGUAUCACUCCCUGGCCAUCAAUGAAUGGGGACAGGUGUUCAGCUGGGGGGCUGCCAGAUAUGGGCAGUUGGGUCAUGGCGAUUGUGAGACUGAUUUGCGGAGGCCAAAGAUAAUCAGGUCUCUGGCCACAAACUUCGUAGUCCAGAUCUCUUGUGGCUACAAGCACUGUCUGGCGCUCACUAACAAUGGACAACUAUUCUCUUGGGGAUGUAAUGAAAGUGGACAACUAGGUUUGGGGCACAAGUGCGAGUCUGUGUCCCAGCCAACUCUCAUCAAGUCUCUGAGUGGAGUUCCCCUUGCCUUCAUCGCUUCCGGUGGCAGCCACAGCUUUGCUGUCUCUAAAUCUGGUGCUGUGUUUGGGUGGGGAAAGAACACUUUUGGUCAGCUGGGCCUCAACAGUGAACUGGACCACAUGUUUCCGGCUCAACUGAAAACAUUGCGCUCAAUACGAGUCAAGUAUAUCGCCUGCGGCGAGGACUUCUCAGUUUUCCUCACUCAGGAUGGUGGUGUAUUCACGUGUGGGGCAGGGCAGUCAGGCCAGCUGGGUCAUGGCUCAACCAGCAACGAGAUUCUACCUCGGAAAGUAAUGGAGUUGAUGGGGACAACCGUCACUCAAGUGUCUUGUGGCAGGAAGCAUACACUAGCAUUGGUGCCUUCGCGUGGGCGGAUCUAUGCAUUCGGACUGGGCGGGGCGGGGCAGCUCGGCACUCGAGCGCAACUCAACUCUUCUACACCCCAGGUGGUGGUGGGUCCUUGGCUCUCUCCCUCUGGAGUUUCCAUCCUGGAGAAUAACAAUAUCUCCGACUACGUGGUGCGGAGAAUCUACGCUGGCGGAGAUCAGUGUUUCGUCACCGUCACCAGGCAGAAGGAGCAAGUUGUGUCAAAAAAAGUGUUCACUUUCAAGUUAUUACCUUCCAGUGCAAAACGUGCAAAAUUAGAGCAGUUUCGGAUGCACUGGCACUCAAAUCGCACUUCAAGAAUUGUCGCAGUUGCUAGUUAUUGCUCAGUAUCUUUGUUCGUUGCACUCGAUGUCUUAGAAUUAUUUGUUCGCCAGUUAGCAUUUGGAUUUGGACGUUCUCUUGUUAGAAAAAUGGCAAAGGAUAAAGUGACACCUGAGGAUUUGAGGAUUUUGGACAGAGAGUCACAGGUGUGGACAUUGACCUUGGAUAAGUUGUUGACGUGUCAAAACCAGCCUGUCAAUACUCCAGUUGACCAGGACUUACUCACAUAUCUGGAGACGGUGUUGAGCAGCUGGACGUGUCUGAACGCAUCGUUUCUGCUGCAGAAUGAUGCGCACUACUGCUGUACAUCGCGACAUCAUGGCAUCAACUUGACUGAGGCUGGAGAGUGCUUCAAAGCUAUAAGCAGAAUAGAGCAUGAGUCACUUAAAGACCUGAUAAGAGACUCUAUCUUGGGCAACAUUAUCCCACAAUUGGCUGUGACGUCUCCCCCGGAUGUGGAAACUUUGAGGGCUUUUAUCACUAUACCCAUGUACCACGAGUUCAACAAUGCUCGCAACUCCGAUAAACUCCAGACUCCUUUUGCCUCUGCGGUAUUAGCUCUACGGCCAGAAGCUGCCAGAGUUGUAGGUUUGUGGUACAUAAUGAUGUCUGCAGACUACUUUGAACGCCUUAUCAUUGUUUACAAGAGUAUCAUACUCAAGUUCAUCAAAAGUCAUACCAAAGUGGAUUCAACAAACAUCUACUGGUACGAGGGAAUGCUGACGGCACUAGAAAUACUGGCACGUCUGAACAAGCUGAACCAGAGUGGUAUGUCGGGACAUGCGCAUGCACAGGAGGGAUUGAAAGUGCCUUACAAUACGUUCCACCUGACUGAGUUGUCUGAUCACAUAGACAUCUCACUCGACUACAUCAAGUGGGUCAUGGAGGACAGCCCCCUCAGGCCGAACACUGGAAGAAAGUAUUUCUGUAACUACCCUUUCCUAUUUGACCCCCAAGCCAAAACCUCACUACUACAAACCGACCAGGCCUUACAGAUGCACUCUGCAAUGAAUGAGGCAUCGACACGGUUAUUGACACAGCUGUUCAUGUUCAACAUGGCCGAUCCAGCCGCCAUGAGCCAGUUCCUGGAGCUACACGUCAGCCGAGACAAUAUUGUCCAGGACACCAUCCGUGAGCUGGGAAACUACAAUGAACGGGACUACAAGAAACCUCUCAAGGUGACGUUUAUCGGAGAGGAGGCAGAGGAUGCAGGAGGAGUGAAGAAAGAAUUCUUCAUGUUGUUGCUGAGAGAAAUCCUUGACCCGAAGUAUGGAAUGUUUCGCUCAUACGAGGAAACUAAUGCGAUAUGGUUUUCAGAAACAUCAUUUGAAGAUGAAAUCAUGUAUUAUCUAAUAGGUCUGCUUUGCGGUUUGGCCAUCUAUAACUUCACAAUCAUCGCUCUACCUUUCCCACUGGCACUUUACAAGAAACUGCUGGGAGAGCUGUUGGUGCUGCAGGACCUUCAGGGACUCUCUCCUGCAAUGGCUCGGGGCUUGCAGGAACUCCUGGACUACCCUGAUGAUGACCUUGAAGAUGUCUUUUGUCUUACCUUCGAAGUUAUUCGAGAAGUGUUCGGUGAGACCAAACAUUACCCCCUCAAACCUGGCGGAGAAAAUGUGCCAGUCACUCAGGAAAACAAGAAAGAAUACGUGGAUCUUUACGUAGAUUUUGUGCUCAACGCCUCAGUGGAGCGUCACUUCCGUGCGUUUCGGGAUGCAUUCCACAAAGUCUGUGGUGGCAGAGUACUACAACUCUUCCACGCUCACGAGCUAAUGGCUGUCGUUGUAGGGAACGAGAACUAUGACUGGGAAAUAUUGGAGAAUAACACUAUCUACAAGGGCGGCUACUCCAGCUCGGAUCCAACCAUACGGAUGUUCUGGGAAGUGUUCCACGAGCUUCCCCUCACUGAGAAAAAGAAGUUUAUGUUGUUCCUCACUGGCACUGACCGUAUCCCUAUUCAAGGGAUGAAAGCAGUGCACAUAACAAUUCAGCCGACAACUGACGACAAGUAUCUGCCUGUGGCACAUACAUGUUUUAACCUGCUGGACCUGCCUCGGUAUAGCACCAAGGAGAAGUUGCGGUACAAGUUGUUACAGGCCAUCCAGCAGACACAGGGUUUCUCUCUCGUAUAGCUAGUGAUUUGUGAUGAGGGAAGAGAAAAUCAACAUAAAAUUGACAUUUGUUUCUAUUUCCCCCAAUACAUCCCUUGUCUAGAUGUUACUUGAAAAAUGUGCAUUUUAUUUACCAUUAUAACGUUCAACUACAUGUGAUUUUUAAUGCAAAUGUUAACACGUACGAUUUUCAUCUGUGGGUCUUUUUAGCCUCAGCACAUUCCGUCAUCAUGACAGCACUUGCCUAUGCAUAGUCAGUUGUGUCAACAUUUUAGAAUUUUAGACUUAUUUAUAGAGUAUUAUGCAAAGAUAUAAAUUUUGCAGUACAAUUUGGCACUAAAGGUAGAAGGUUUUUAAAGUAUGAAACUGUAAUAUUAUGAAUCGAG